CCCCUCCUCCGCCUCCCCUAGUUUCGUCGCGUCUCCUCCCCCGAAACCCCAAUUCGAAUUCGGAUUGGGGAUUUCGGCGUCUCGCUUCUGGGGAUUUCUCGGAUCCCGGGCUCUUUGCGGCCGGCUCGAUCUGCGGCUGUGGGGGAGUUCGGGCAGAGGAGUUUCUGGUUUGAUUUGGUUGGGGGGUGGGGGACUUGUUGCGGCGCGGGUUCCGGCGCGGAUGGCGUCGUCUCCGGUGUCGUACUGGUGCUACCACUGCAGCCGCUUCGUGAGGGUGUCGCCGUCCGCGGUCGUCUGCCCGGAGUGCGACGGCGGCUUCCUGGAGCAGUUCCCGCAGCAGCCGCCGAGGGGCGGCGGCGGGAGCGGGCGGCGCGGGGCGAUGAACCCGGUGAUCGUGCUCCGGGGAGGGUCUUUGUCCGGGUUCGAGCUCUACUACGACGAUGGCUCCGGCGACGGGCUGCGGCCGCUGCCCGGCGACGUGUCGCACCUCCUGAUGGGGUCGGGCUUCCAUCGCCUCCUCGACCAGUUCUCCCGGCUUGAGGCGGCGGCUCCACGCCCGCCGGCGUCGAAGGCUGCGGUGGAGUCGAUGCCGUCGGUGGCGGUUGCCGGAAGCGGGGCGCACUGUGCGGUGUGCCAGGAGGCGUUCGAGCCUGGCGCCGCCGCGCGGGAGAUGCCGUGCAAGCACGUCUACCACCAGGACUGCAUCCUACCUUGGCUCUCCCUCCGUAACUCCUGCCCCGUCUGUCGCCGCGAGCUACCGGCGGCCGCGCCCCCCGAGUCGGAGGCAGAUGCGGGACUCACCAUCUGGCGACUCCCACGCGGUGGAUUUGCCGUCGGGAGGUUCGCCGGUGGACCAAGAGAGCAGCUCCCGGUUGUCUACACUGAACUGGAUGGGGGCUUCAGUAACGGCGUCGGGCCAAGGCGGGUAACGUGGCCGGAGGGCGACGGGCAAGUGGAUGGCGGCGAAGGUCGGAUUCGCCGUGUAUUUAGAAAUCUGUUUGGUUGCUUCGGUCGGAGCAGUCGGCCGGAGAGUUCAUCGCAGUCUCGUAGUGGCUGAACACAGUUUUCUCGGUAACUCAUCUCCUAUUGAUAGUGGUGAAUAAGUAGGAUUUAGUAUAAGGGAACCCAGGUUAUAAGUUCUUGGGACUUUUGAUGUAAAUGAAAACCUUGCAAUUUUUUUCCCUUUCGUCUUGUUUUAAGAUUUUAGAGAUGGCCACGAGCUAAAUAGCAAACAACUGGAAAUUAGUUUGGAAAGCAAAUUAGGAGGAAGAAGAACAAGCCUUCAAGAAAGGAAUGACAGUGAAUUUAUUGAGUAAAUCGGUCGUUGCAGUGUUAUAGGCAGUGAGAGCUAAGUGCUGUUCUUACCUCUGUAUUGUUUGUGUAUAUACUGGAUUGGGCCAAGAAGAAUUCUGAUUUGCAAUACCUUAUUCUAAUAAAAUUUCAGCCUUUUCUUUU